AUGGUUUCUCCACCUGCUCACACAUCGGUAGAGCCCCCGCGUCUCAUCAGUGCUGUAAUAAUCAAGAUGGCUUCAACUUCUAGCUCUACUCCAAAGUCUCGCCAUUUUACUCCUGCUUUUAUUCCAAUCCGCGAUCGCGUACCAGAGAACCUUCAAAUUCAACUUCACAUUCGGAAAGGUCGUCCUCAGGUGACAUGUCGAGCUUUAAAGGAUCUUCCUGAUCCUGCACCAUGGACUUUUGUCCUCAAUCAUGAGGAUUUUGAGAGCUUGCUAAUGGGAAUUCGUGAUCAUAUUCCAAAAGCAACCAAAGAUGGUUUUUACUGGCCAGAGGAUGCCCAACCAUAUUUACAGCCUACUCACAAUACGACACAAAAGCUUUAUCAAAGGCUGGACCCAGAAAAUUAUAAAAUGCUGCUUACAAAGUCAUGGCGGAAAGAACUUCGACGGAUGAAUGGGGAUGCGUCAAAAGUCUAUGUUCACUUGUAUAUUUAUCUUGCUUCACCAGAAGAAGGAGAAGAAGGACAGGAACAAGGACAGGAGCAAGGACAGGAACAGGGACAAAGACAAAGACAAAAACAAAGGCAAGAAAGUGCUGAUGGCGUUUCCGUUAUUACUGAUGAUAGACAAUCAACGCCUGCCAGUCAAGGAGAAGCAUCAACGUCUAGGAAGCGAGGCAUUUCAGAGGUAGUGAGCAUGGAGCCACGACGACAGGAUUCUAUGGUUGGAUACAUUACUCCAGUCCAAUAUGGACGUCGCUCAGAUCGUGAACCAAUGUUGCGUACACUUGAAGAUGAUAUAUUACUGCAGCUUGAGAGAGAAGCGCAGAUUCGAACACAGCUCAUUCGCGAGAGAAGACAAGCGGCAGAAGAAGCAGAACAACGACGGCAGUUGCGGCAGCAGCGUCAACAUCAGCAUCAACAAGAGGAUCUUGAUGAUGACAAUGAUGAGAUGAGAACCAUCUACGUUGAGAUCAAUGGCACUAGACUACCUGUUCGAGUGGAUGUACAUUCUUUGAGAAAAGCGCUUGGCGUACCAAACCCAAAUGAAUUUGAUGAUACAUGCAUGUGA